CAGCCGCGCGAGCCGGCGAGUAUCAGAAAUACCGCAGCUUUCGCGUAGAACGCACGCGAACGGUUAACGCGAUCGAGCGGUGUGGAUUCGUAAUUCAAAUUUGAAUUUUUAAACGAGUGUUUUUUUUUCUGUACUAUAAGGUUUUUGCUGCCAGGUCGUCGGACAGUCAACGAUGCAGAACUUUAUAAGAUGUGCAGCACUGCUACUCGCGGUGGUAGCAACAUGCGCCAUGUCCGCAUCGCAAGAUGACAACCUAACCUUAGACAGAAAGGAGCCCACCACUCACGAACUUCUCAGCUCACUCGGGCUAAAGAAGCUCAGAAUACCAGCAGCACAUCACAGAAAACGUCUCGCUGAGCAAGGAAGACGUCACGCGACCGGCGAUUCAAGAAUGUAUGUGAUUAAAUUACCGCCGAACACAAGCUAUUACACGCACGCUGACCCCGCUCCCGCUGCGGCUCGAACCUUACCCCUACAGAUGACAAGCAACGGGAAACCAGCAAGGGUCUACCACUGGAACCUGCCAGUGUUACACAAACUCACAAAGAACCGACCACAGGCUAGAUUUGACGACGACGUGGUGAACGUCGAAAGUACGCCAACUUGGCCGAAACUAAAUCAUCCUAACUCGAUCGAUGCGUUGGCUUAUUACGUUCCAUCGAAAAAGUCAUCGUUCAGGAAAUAUUUCUCGGGUAACGGGAAGCCGAAGUCAUUCUACGUGAUCGACAAGAACAAGAAUUCCGCGGAGUACCACAGACUACUUCCCUAAUUCAACUGUUAUUUAAAUAAUACUCUACAGUAAUUAGACUGAUGUUAUUGUAUUAAUUUUAUUUUUAUGGAACACGUAAUAAUUGAAGCUUACGUUUUAUUGCAAUAACACUAAAAUAAUACAAUAACAUGUCUAUGUAAUGAAAAUCAAAUUAUGGCAUGUUAUCAAUUCUAUAGCCGACCAAACAUAUCUAAAACCAGUUAGGCCUACAUUAUCAUAAGAAAAAUCUGAAAUAAUAAUUUUAUAUGAUAACGGCCCGCUAUAUUUAUUUUAACCUAAUUCCGUUUACAGUUAUGUCGUUUGAAUUGAUUAGGAAAACAUAAAAUAUAAAAACGCGAAACUUUACUUGUAAAACGAAACGUAACAUUAAAAUAUACAUUAACGCUUGCGCUGUAACUGUGACUUAAGAUUAACGUAAAUUGUUAUUUAAUUAUUUGAAAAUAAAAAGCGCUUUUUUAAAACCGUAAUAAUUUGUAUUAUCUCAUGAAAGUAUUUUUACGUUGUCAUGUCACCUUAUAUUAAAACUGAUGUUUGGAAGGCAAUAAAUCUAUUAGCAGGGCUCUACUUUAAAAUUACUUUUAAUAUUAUAUGUUACACCGAUUACAUAUAUUUGGAGUGUAUACUCCUGUAAAUAAACGCUUUAUGCUUAGGAUGUAAAAAUAAGUAAUCGAUAGGUGCUUAGGUAUAUUAUUAAGACUGCGUCACGAAUUUAAAUUAUUACGUAGAAUUAAGAAUACGAUGCCACAAAUAGGUUUAUGUCUUACGCUCUAAUUAUUCCAUAACAGAGGCAAAGCAAGCCAUUUUUUUAUGUUCUACGAUAACAGUAUAGUACUAAGGUCUACGUAACUAUGACAUUUUAGUAAUUGAUCAAUUAUGGUAAAAGUUUUAGAAAUAUAAAUGUCUCUGUAUGGAAAGCCGAGGCUCUGAAAUGCAUUUACUAUAUAGUGCAUAAAUUGUGUUUUUUUUUAAUAAUUUUAUAUUGUUUUGAAUGUUUAACGCUCUUAGAUCUGAUUUAUUCCAGAUUUAUUAUAUUUCUUGGCCAAUAGGAUUUAUAGUAAAAGAUUGUAAUUAAUCAAUAGUCAUAUAAUC